UUUAUCUAAUAUUAUUUUAUUGUACAUUUCAGACAGACAAGACAGGCUGUGCUGCUUUUACCUUCAAGAUGUCAGCUUUCACAAAAAUUGACCAAAAGGUGCUGUGGGAUCACCUGGACCUCAGUGUCGAAGUGGAAGAGGAAGGGACAGGGAUUUCACGCCCACAACAGAAGAGGAUCCAGAUUUCAUAUGUUAUUGGAAGACUGUCCUUCAUUGACACACCCAAGAUUUAUGACCAGGGAUCAAAUGUGGAGGGAAAAGUUAAAGCAGUUCACUACAAUGAUACACCCAUUCCUGACAUGGCAGUCUACCUGUUAGAGGGUGAAAGGUGGUCAACACGUCAGCUACAGAAUCUCACCACUGACAGCGAUGGUGUUGCCACAUUCUCAUUUAGCACAGCUCACCUCCAAGGGGACAUCCAACUCCAUGUUAGCAGUGCACCGACACUGGACUACUCUGUUUACAGAACUGUAUACUAUGAGGCUGGACGUCAUAGAGUGUCUGUGGCCCAACUUCCUUCUCCUGAUACUAAAGUAGUCAGCUCCCUGGAGGUGAUGAAGAAGGAUAAGCCUCUUACUUGCGAAAGAGAAGAGGACAUCUUUAUCCGAUACACUGUGGUUGGAGAGAAGCAGGGCUCUGUGGAUGUAAUGUACCUGGUCUUAUCCAGAGGAGCCAUUGUCAUGCAAGGAUUUAAACAGGCUGAAGUGCAAGAUACAUCAGUGAAUGAGGGGGAGGUGUCCUUUAAGUUGAGUGUGCGACCAGAAAUGGCACCAGACGUCCAGGUCGUGGCUUACGCCAUCCUCCCCAGUGAGAAUGUGAUCGCCCACAGUGCUGACUUCUCCAUAGAGAAAUGCUUCAGUCACAAGGUGUCGCUGGAGUUUUCUCCAUCUUCAGCUGUCCCAGGAGAAGAGACCACCAUGCAGGUAAUGGCCCAGCCAGACUCUCUUUGCGGUGUGAGCGCUGUUGACCAAAGUGUCCUCAUCAAGGAGCCAGGGAACACUCUGACUGCAGACAAGAUUUUCAACUUGUUGCAUGUCAGCAAAGUGUCCAAUGUUCCAUAUGAGGUUCAAGAUCCUGUAGAGUGCGUACAUGUGAGACCAAGAAGAUAUGUUCUGCCAUAUCCUGGACAAGAGAUUGAUGAUGCUCAUACAGUUUUCCAGAACGUAGGACUGAAGAUGGCAACAAACAUGGUUAUCCGAAUGCCUUCAUGCCUCAAGUACAAAGGAAGAGAGUACCACCAUGGCCACGGCCACUAUGGUUUAAGAUAUAACUCAGUCCCUGAAACAGCCAGGGUUGUACUUGCAUCAGCACCUCGUGGGGGAGCCUAUCCUGAUGCUCCACCAAUAGAGACAGUCCGCACUUUCUUCCCUGAGACUUGGAUAUGGGACCUGGUGGAAGUUGGAGAGACUGGAACAAAGGACGUGUCCCUCACUGUACCAGACACCAUCACCACCUGGGAGACGGAGGCUUUCUGUCUGUCCCAGCAGGGAUUUGGUUUGGCACCACGUAAAGAAAUCAGGGUCUUCCAGCCCUUCUUCCUUGAGCUCACUCUGCCCUACUCCAUCAUCCGGGGGGAGCACUUUGAACUGAAAGCGACCACCUUCAACUACCUGACCAGUUGUAUCAUGGUCUCUGUGACUCCAACACCCUCCUUAGAUUACACCCUCACCCCCCUCUCUGGUAAUGAGUACAAGUCCUGUUUGUGUGGCGGUGAGCGAAAGACCCUCAGCUGGACCAUGGCCCCCUUAAACUUAGGGGUUAUGAAUGUGACUGUGACUGCUGAGGCUGUGGCAUCUGAUGUUUCAUGUGACAAUGAGGUCGUGAGCGUGCCAGAGAGAGGUCGUAUCGACGUGGUCACACGAUCUCUCAUUGUAAAGGCUGAGGGAACUGAGAUGACAAAGGUUCACAACUGGCUGCUCUGCCCCAAAGGAGAGGCUUUGACAGAAGAAAUAGACAUACAGCUCCCUGAGAAUGUGAUUGAUGGAUCUGCCCGUGCUUCACUAUCAGUCCUGGGUGACAUCCUGGGUCGAGCCCUGAAGAACCUGGAUGGGCUGCUGCAGAUGCCGUAUGGAUGUGGGGAGCAGAACAUGGCGCUCCUGGCUCCCAACAUCUACAUCCUCCAGUACCUGAGAAACACACAGCAGCUGACCCCGGCCAUCAUGGAAAAGGCUACCAACUUUCUGACCAGUGGCUACCAGAGACAGCUGAACUACAAACAUAGUGAUGGUGCUUACAGCACAUUUGGAUCAGGAUCAGGGAACACUUGGCUGACUGCUUUUGUGUUGAGAUCUUUUGCCAAAGCAAAGUCUUUCAUCCACAUCGACCCAAAAAAUAUCGAACAGUCUAAGACUUGGCUGGAGAGCAAACAACGAGAAAAUGGCUGUUUCCAACAGUUAGGAAAACUCUUCAACAACAGAAUGAAGGGUGGUGUGUCUGAUGAAGUGACUCUCAGUGCUUACAUCACUGCUGCCUUCUUGGAGAUGAAUAUGUCUGCAGAUGAUCCUGUAGUGAAGAACAGCCUGUCUUGCCUCAAGGAGUCCAUUGGCGAGCUCAGCAACACCUACACUGUAGCUCUGAUGGCAUACGUCUUCACCCUGGCAGGAGACAUGAACGCCCGUGCUGUCCUUCUGCAGCACCUGGACACAGUUGCUCUAAAAGAAGGGGGUAUCCUCCGAUGGUCUCAGACAGCUACAGAAACGUCAGCCUCUCUGUCUGUGGAGAUCGCCUCCUAUGUGCUGCUGGCCAAACUCAGCGCCUCCCCCACUGCUGAAGACCUGGGCUACACCUCUCGCAUCGUCAGAUGGUUGACAGGCCAGCAGAACUAUUAUGGAGGCUUCUCCUCCACACAGGACACAGUGGUGGCUCUUCAGGCUCUGGCUCUUUACUCCACUCUGGUGUUCAGUCCUGAAGGUUCAAGCACGGUGACAGUCCAGUCCCCCAGUGGCCAGCUGACAUUUGAUGUGAACCAGAACAACAAACUGCUGUAUCAGGAGAAGAUACUGCAGGAUGUGACAGGAAAGUACAGCCUGGAGGUGAAAGGCACUGCAUGUGCUUCAAUGCAGAUUUCUCUUCACUACAACAUCCCAACUCCUACCGAUGUCACAACCCUGAGUGUCGAGGUCAAACCAGAGGCUGUCUGCACCAGCAAAUCUCACAGACCCAAGUUCACCUUGAGGACAAAGUCUCUAUACAGUGGUAAGGAGACCACUACAAACAUGGUGAUCCUGGACAUCAAAAUGCUUUCUGGUUUUGCCCCUGACCCAGAGUCUUUGAAGCGGCUCAGAGGUGCCCUGCUGGUGGAUCGUGUUGAACAAAAGGAAGAUCAUGUUCUGGUGUACAUGCGAGAGUUACCAAAGGACAUAGGCAUCAACCACAGCUUAGAGAUCAUACAGGUGCUCCCAGUGCAGAACCUGAAGCCGGCCGUGGUCAAGAUCUAUGACUACUACCAGCCAAGUGACCAGGCUGAGACAGAAUACACCUACCCUUGUGCUGCAGCUUAAAGAGAGAAGUCGGAUCAGUUCUGCGCUCGUUAAGAUACUCCAUAUCUGCUGGUGUAAACGCACAAACUAACAGCAAACACUUGGUUAACACAUUUACUGUGUGACUACUGUAUGUGUCUGAAGUCAAACUCAUGCAUAAUGGAGAAUAAAAUACUGUCAUAUGAA